AUGGCUGAAGUCAUCGCUGUUCUCGGUAAGGUCUUUGACGUUGUAAUUGUAUUUUAUGUGAAUACUGAUCUGUGCAUCGGCAUUCUAGGUGGAGUGGGUUCAAUCUUCAGCAUUGUGGAUGGGAUCAGUAAAGUGAUCGGUGUAAUCAGAGAUCUCCAGGCCAGAUGGGGGGAAGCCGAUCUUACUUUACUCAGCUUGGCAUCUCAGCUCACAGCCUUACGGGCUGCCUCAGCCAAAAUCCAGGAAUGGAUGGAACAAGAUCUGCAAGAUACACACCAUCAACUGAUCAUGGAUCUAGACGUCUCGAUAUCUUGCUGCAAAUUGCUCAUGGAUAAGGUUGAAAGCUUCUUCUCCAACCUGGCUCAGCUAAUCGAGAAACCGUUGGAUCUUCGCGAUAGAUUGAAGGUUGCCUUUGGGAGUAGCGGUCCGGAUGGCGUGCAAAAGCUCAUAGAGCAUCAGACGAGUGCCCUGACUCUGUUGCUCACAGCGUGUAACUGUAAAACAAUCACUGCACAACAAAGAUAUCUCGAGACCAACAAAACACGCAAAGUGCUUCAGCAGGCGAAAAUGGACUCAGCAUCGCUGUAUGUCCACCAUGACACAGCAUCUCUCACUAGCAGGAUGACGGACAAUCUGUCCAAGAUUUCGCGCAUCUUCGAAUUCGACUCGAACAUCUUCUCAACGGGGGUCUACGAGCGCGCAUUCCGAGGGUCAAUCAGAGACGUUCUAAAGAGACGACAGUACGCCGUGAAAGAUUCUGUACCAACUUCAGUCAAGACGGUAGUCGCGCCAAUACCGACGCGACUGAUAAACCUUCGUCUCCUAGGGCCAGAUCAGAUUGGCAUGGAUUUGCUCAUCAAUAGUAUUCAGACAGAUCGAGCCUGGCAGAGCCACCACUGGAUUCUGUACCAGAAGGGAUUGCGGGACAUUUGGUCGGCCCUUGCAUGCGACAUCAUCGAAACAUGCUCAGAUUCCUGCGAUCUUGAUAAUAGGGAUGUUCUUGUAUCAUAUCUCAAAGAACGCUCUGAUUUGAAUGGGUGGUUACCUUUCAUGCGGCCUGAAGCUCUCGAAGCUUUUGCAUCAUUCUGGAGAAACGCAACGCAAUUUGACCAGGAGGAUCCUGCUGCUUAUGGUUCUUCUCGAAAGGAAAUCAAAAUGGGAAACAUGGUCUUUUGGGUCCACUCAAGACCUAACCAUAGAGUAAAGGUUGCCGGUGGCAACUACUUAGCACGACUCUUCAUCCACCUAAUGGACCACGCUCUACCAGCAAUUCCUACCGAGCUAUGUUUACGCGCUCCCAAACUGGCAGAUCUUCUUAGGGCAGAGAAUUCAGCACUUGCCUUUUCCAAGGAAUCAGUUCUGCAAAACAUCACCUACCAGUUCGCUCGCGGCGCUCCUGAGACAGUAGCAACUGUCAGUGAAGACAUCGAAACUUUUGGAGAGGAGACUGCGCUUGUGUUCUUCUUCGACCUUCAUGACUACGGCGUGAGAUCUCACUCUUUCAAAGAGCUUCGUGAUAGGGCCGCGACAAGCUCACGCCAAAUAGCAAAGUUGAACCCAGACCAUAAUCGCCCCAUGGUUGGACUUGUUUUCAGGAACUUCAGCCCAUUCAUACAGGAAGUCAAAACAUUAAGGUUUCCUCUGAAAGAUGGGUCAAUCACAACCGACGCCUUCAAAGCGGUUGCAUAUGUCAAAGAAGCUCUCGAAAGUGGUCUCGAAAAAGAUCUUUUGGAUGGUCCGGUGCAGAUCUUCCGCGAACUGCGCUUAGCAGAUCGUUGA